AUGACAUCUUUAAAUAAAAGGGUAAAUAGCGGAAAAACUCUCAAAACUUUCAUUUUAGUUUCACUUAACCCUCAAGACUCAAAUUUGGGCGUAGCCAUUCUUGAUGUCUCAGCUUCACUCCAACUCACACAUACUGUCCUUUCCUUCAACCCCCAAACCCUAAACCCCACCACCACUACUGUCCAACAAAUUAUACCCUCAAAUUUGACUUCUUCUUCUUCAUUCUCUCUGCUCCUCCACUCGCGAGACUCGCUCCUCACCACCAACCACAGCGACUACAAAAGCCUUUUUGUCUCUCGACUCGCCCGCAACUCAAACCGAGUCAACUCGCUCAAUGUCAAGCUUCAGCUGAAACUCAGCAACAUCCAUAAAUCUGAUCUCCGACCAGUGGAGACCGAGAUUCGACCAGAAGACCUCUCAACACCCAUAAUCUCUGUCGUAAGUCAGGGAAGCGGAGAAUACUUCGCUCGGAUCAGAGUUGGUACUCCAGCAAAUCAGUGCAAACCUUGCUCCGAUUGCUGUCGUCUGGAAAUUUACUGGAAACAAAGGUCUAGGGUCAAUUGGCUCAAAUCUGCCAAAUUUUUUCAUCAUAAAGCCACUGCUAUGAAAAAGAAUAAUCUUAUAAGAUCCAUUACCCUUGCUGAUGGCUCUGUGGCAAGUGGCAUUUCCUCCCUUCUUCCUCAUUUUGUUGAUUUCUAUACCCAGCUUUACACCACUCAAGGUGAGGACCAUAAUGCGAUUGCCCUAACCCUUAAGGGCAUCUCUAACCGUAUCCAUCCCCACCUUUACUCUGCCCUUGAAAGGCCUUACACCGAGGAUGAGGUCUAG